AUGUCAAGAAUUGGAAGCAGAAUUACAGAGAAUGAGGGCUGAAUGUGAAAUGCUGCGAAAUAGGUCUGCCAUACCAAGUGAUGGUGGUGCACCUAUAAUGAGUAGCGUUGCUAAAGUUGUUCAGCCUACAGCAACAGUAUCUAGCGUACCUGUUUCUGGACCAACAACUGGAAUAGCACAGUCUGUUUUGCCUGGACAAGCUCUUAGACAAACUGCAAUCGCUCCUUCUCCAGCGCUAGCUGCCAAGGUCAGUGCGGGGUCUCCAGGACCAAAUCAGGGAUCAUCACAAGUGUCUGCGUUACGCACACCUCCAAAAGCAGCUGGUUUCCAUUCUCAAUUUCAGUCGCCUCCCACUGCUCCUCAAACUCCACCAAAGAAGAGCUCGGCGGCUGCCAGGGGCGUCCCGCCUCCGAUUCCCCCCAAUAAACCUGUCAUUCCUACAAAAUCUUCGACGAGUGUGAGGAGGCCCGACGCCGGUGAGUCGGAGAAAAAAAAACCAAACGUACCUCUCAAAGACGGUGAACCUGUUCGUCCAGGACAAGGGAUAGAGAUGUUAGGGCAGGAAUUAGCUGAUUUUCAACAGAUGUUUGUGACAAUGGCAACUAGCAAUAAUACUUAGAACUGACGUUGGUCUAUUAGAAGAGAAAUCCUGUUGAGUGUGCGAGAAAGAUGUGAUUAGAUGAAAUUUUAAUUUAUUUUCAUUAGGUUUUACCAGUGGAGAAAAUGAUAUGUAUCUUCUGAAUAUUCUCUGCGUUUUCAACUGAUGGUUUUGCAUGAGAGUGCUUAUGUAAAACGACAAAUUUACUUUUUUUUGAUACUCACAAAUCAACUACUGCUCUGUCCUAUGAAAAAAAGGGAAUGAAUUCAACAAUUUAGUUUUACUUUCCAAGAGAUCGUUUACUUCUAUACUUUUCUCUGAUAGCUAAGAUAACAGUCCGUAAUAACUUGUUUCAUAACUUUCAAGUCAUCUCAAUAGUAAUAAUAAGAAUGAUUUUUAUUAAAGUGACAUUGAAUUUUCAUAUACUCCUGUAUACUGUUUCAAAAUUUGGAAAACAUGUGUGUUUAUCCGACUCACUCUAGUUCUUGAAAUAUUUUUAAUUAGACCUACCUACACAUUUUGUGGAAAAAAGUUUUUAACUUUUACCUGAAGAAGCCAUUGUGUCUAAACACGUGUUGCGUUUGUGUAAAUCUGUUUACUGAAGUGUUUUUUGAAUAUGUUAUGGAUUCUCAUCAAUCAUCGGCCGAAUCCAUAAAAAGAAUUGCAUAACAUUAACUAAGAAAAUGGUUGUCUUCUGACAUGCAUUUGCCAGAUUCUACUAUAUAGGAAUGCAGGGUGAGGUGAAUGUUUCAAAUUUCAAUUUGAAGCAUACCUAGUCGCACAGUCAUCAGAUUUGUUUACUGUAUUUCUUCUCAUGGUUAAAUGCAUGUUGGUAGCAAUGUUUGUGUUAUUGUUUUCUUCUCUAAAUCCAAAACUAGUUGGUAUUUAUUUUCUUGCAUUUAAAUAUCAAACUCUUCUAAUCAAAUUUCAUCAUCAAUAUCAUUUUUAUCUAUGGAAUUUCCGAAACGAUUCAUGAUUUGGAACUUUUGUCAAUAAUUGACGAAAUACAGUUUGAUUGAACAGUUUAUUCAACAAAUUUGUCUACUUCUAUGUCGCGAAAUUAGUCGUCAAACUUUUUCCUGCAACAGGUUUCAUUUUUCCUUUUUUUUUCAGUUAGAUAUUGAAAAUAAUAUUGACGCAUCCUCUUUGACUAUUCUGACUUUUUGGCGACUUUUUUUAGUGAUAAAAUGGCAACAACUACCAGCGUAGCAUGCUUUUGAACUUUUUGAAAAUCAUUCAUGGUUUUCUCUUGUGUGGAAGUUCAAUAAACUCACUUCUCAAAAUACUUGAUGAAUUUAAUUCAUCAAACAAUUCGGAUCAGAAAAAGUAAUUUGUUAUUGAAGACUGAAUCUAAUUUGAAGUAAGAGUUUAUGGACUGAAUUUUCAUUUAAUAGUAUUUGUGAUAGAAGGGAAUGGAUAAACACUUGAGGUUAUGUCUCCAUUACCAAAGAUAUAUUUAAAUAAAAAUAUUUUCAUGAGAAGUAUACAAUUAUGAUUUUAAGUUUGCCUAAUUUCAAUACAUCGUUGAAGAAUUCCUCAAGAAGUAAUAACAUCUUGUCGGUAUUGAAUACUUUGUGUGUAAGUCUGUUACCAUCUACAAUGUAGUUUCACCAAAAUGAAUGAAAUGAAAAUUGCAAUCUUCGAGCUAGUUCAUUGAAAGUUUUGGUUCAAGGUAAUUAAGGAAACCAUCCUGAAGUAACCAUCCGGAAGAAAUGAAUAUGUUUUGUGAACGAUUUUUUUAUUUUUAUACAUCAAGAGCAAAUUUGAAUAAGUUGCUGAAGUAAUAAAGAAUAUUUGUCGAAAUACCUGUCUUCAUCUGUACUUAAUUUUUUUAUGGAAGUGUGUCUGGUUCAUAUCAUUGCAUUUUCUGGUAUAUUUCUCGUAUGGAGUCAGUACUUUUUGUAAUUCAAUGUAACAACAUUUUUUUCUACUAGUAAAGUUUGCUUGCCAACAGUAAUGGUUCUUCACACACAGCAUACCUUCCUAAUUCAUUUAUUCAGUUUUGAAUAUUGUUUGUGAAAAAAUUUUACAUAUCAACUCAUUUUGUUGUCGACCCCUUUGUUCAUUUCAAUAGUUCAGUAAAAGCAUUCUUGCUAUUAUGAUUUUUUUCAACUUAAUGUUUCAAUUUUCAUGCAAACUGACAGGUUCUUAGUAUAAAACAACUGUUGUAAACUACUUGUGAUCAAAUAUACAUAUACAAUAUA